AUGCGGGGACUCCGCUUCAUCCCCAUCGCCGCGGCCUUGGGCUUCCCCUCACAGUCGCUCGCCCAGGGAGAAACGAAGAUUCAUGAAGAGGGACGAUGCGCCAUCCGCGGUCACUGCGGGAAACAGUCAUUUUUCGGCGGAGAGCUACCUUGUCCUGAUAAUGGGCUUGCGGAGGAACCGGAAGCAGCGGUCAGAAAGAAGUUGGUCGACCUGUGCGGUACGAAAUGGGAGGAAGGGCCGGUCUGCUGUAAAGAAGAACAGAUCGAUACGCUCUCGAGUAACCUCAAACUCGCCGAUGGAAUUAUCUCCUCCUGCCCUGCUUGCAAGGAUAACUUUUUCCACAUAUUCUGCACCUUUACUUGCUCGCCCGACCAGUCCCUCUUUAUAAACGUCACGGAAACCGAAGCCGGCAACUCCGGGAAGGAUCUUGUCACCGAAGUCGAUAAUUUGUGGUCGGAAGAGUACCAGAGCGGGUUUUAUGACAGCUGCAAGAACGUCAAGAAUGGCGCUUCGGGCGGAAAGGCGAUUGAUUUCAUUGGAGGCGGCGCGAAGGACUAUCACCAGUUCUUAAAAUUCUUAGGCGACAAGAAGUUCUUGGGAAGCCCGUUCCAGAUCAAUUAUCGCACCGAACCUGCAGACGACUCGCAGGGUAUGGAGGCUCUGCCAAUUCACCCAAAGGCAUGCAACGAUGCGGACCCAGAAUACCGCUGCUCUUGCGUCGAUUGCCCAGACGUGUGUCCCGAGCUUCCCGAAAUCAAGACUGAAAAGCAAUGUCAUGUCGGCCUUAUACCCUGCAUGUCGUUCUCGGUCAUUCUUAUCUAUUCCAUCUUCCUUCUUGCUAUUGCUGGAUUUUCGAGCUAUUUUACAUGGAAAGAACACCGAUAUCGAAAGCCUGAAAGAGUACGACUGCUACAGGAUCCAAACCCGAGUGACGACGAAGAUGAGGGUGAUAUUGUCCAAGGCGCCGGCCACCUGGAGUAUCCCCGUGGGUUCUACAAACUGAACUCAAUGCUUGAUACCGUUUUUAGCCGCAUCGGCUCUGUUUGUGCUCGCUUUCCUGCAUUGACGAUAAUAUCGAGUGUUGUCGUGGUUGUGCUCUUGAGUUUGGGCUGGCUGCGUUUCUCCGUGGAAACGGACCCUGUUCGACUUUGGGUGAGCCCUACCUCUGCUGCUGCCAAAGAGAAAGACUUCUUCGAUAAGAACUUCGGGCCAUUCUAUCGUGCAGAGCAAGCAUUCCUUGUCAAUGAUAACUCCUCUAACGCUGGCGGGCGGGUCCUUGAUUACGACACAUUAAGCUGGUGGUUUGGCGUUGAGUCUCGUGUCAGCCGUGUGAUCUCUUUGGAUCGUGGGUUGUCCCUGGAUGACGUGUGUUUUAAGCCUACUGGUGAUGCGUGUGUCAUUCAAUCGGUAACCGGUUAUUUCGGUGGCUCCCUGUCCAAUCUCAAACCAGACACCUGGGAGGAACGUCUGACGCAUUGCACUGAUUCACCGGGCGAUGUAGACUGUCUUCCUAGCUUUUCACAGCCUCUGAGACCAGAAAUGAUUCUGGGUGGUUAUGAAAGUACCGGAAACGUCCUUGACUCUCAGGCACUUAUAGCGACAUGGGUUGUUAACAAUCAUGCGCAAGGAUCUGAGGGGGAGGCGAAGGCUAUGGACUGGGAAGACAGUUUCCAACGUAUAUUAACAGUUGUCCAAGAAGAGGCCACAACCCGUGGACUCCGUGUCUCAUUUACUACGGAAGCAAGCGUUGAGCAGGAGCUGAACAAGUCAAGCAAUACCGAUGCCAAGAUUGUUGUUAUCAGCUACAUCAUUAUGUUCAUUUACGCGUCGUUGGCUCUCGGCUCCGUGACUAUGACAUGGAGGUCCCUUCUCAACAACCCGUCCAAUGCCCUGGUGCAGUCCAAGUUCACCCUUGGCGUUGUAGGCAUUAUCAUUGUUUUGAUGUCGGUGUCUGCAUCAGUUGGGGUAUUCUCCGCUGCUGGUGUCAAAGUAACAUUAAUCAUCGCGGAGGUGAUUCCUUUCCUCGUUUUGGCCGUGGGUGUCGACAACAUCUUCCUCAUCGUCCACGAAUUUGAGCGCCUGAAUGUCAGUCACCCCGAUGAAGAGAUUGACGAGCGCAUUUCUCGCGCCCUUGGUCGCAUUGGGCCCAGUAUCUUCCUUUCCGCCCUGACAGAAACUGUUGCGUUUGCCCUAGGUGUCUUUGUUGGAAUGCCCGCUGUCCGAAACUUUGCCAUUUAUGCGGCAGGUGCUGUCUUCAUCAAUGCUAUCCUGCAGGUCACAAUGUUUAUUUCCGUGCUUGCUUUGAACCAGAAACGCGUUGAAAGCCUCCGUGCAGACUGCAUUCCCUGUUUGACUGUGCGCAAAGCGCACUCAGGGAUGCCGGAAGAGCGGGCUUUUGAAGACCAGGACGGAGAAAGUGCCCUCCAGAAAUUGAUUCGCAAAAUAUAUGCGCCUUACCUGCUCAACCGCAGGGUUAAAGUCGUAGUGGUCAUUGUAUUCCUUGGGGUUUUGACCGCAGGUCUGGCUUUGAUUCCUGAAGUGGCCUUGGGUUUGGAUCAACGGAUUGCACUGCCGAGUGACUCUUAUCUCAUUGACUACUUCAAUGACCUUAGCGAGUAUUUCGGUACCGGUCCGCCUGUCUAUUUCGUGACACGAAACGUGAAUGUGACCCAGAGAGAACACCAACAGCAGCUUUGCGGGCGUUUCACGACAUGCGAAGAAUACUCACUACCAUUCGUACUGGAGCAAGAGUCGAAGCGAUCGAACGUGUCGUAUAUUUCUGGCUCAACCGCCAGUUGGAUUGACGAUUUCUUCUAUUGGCUUAACCCACAACAAGACUGUUGUUACGAAGAUGACAAGUUGUGUUUCGAGGAUAGGACACCAGCGUGGAAUAUCAGUUUGUCUGGUAUGCCAGAAGGGCAGGAGUUCAUCCACUACCUUGAGAAAUGGAUCGACUCACCCACAGAUGCUUCAUGUCCUCUCGGUGGGAAAGCACCAUACAGCAGUGCGCUUGUUAUUGACCCGAAGCGGGUCACGACAAAUGCAAGCCACUUCAGAACCGCCCACACCGCGCUCCGGACUCAGGACGAUUUCAUCAAAUCGUAUAUCUCUGCUCGCCGCAUUGCUGAGGGGAUCUCUGAAGAGCAUGGUAUCGAUGUGUUCCCUUACUCGAAGUCGUACAUCUUCUUUGACCAAUAUGUAUCCAUCGUGCAGGUGGCUGGAACUCUGCUCGGAUCUGCCGUGGCAAUAAUUUUCGCCAUUACCUCAAUCCUUCUCGGCUCCGUUGCCACAGGUGCGGUGGUUACAGCGACCGUUGUUAUGAUUGUGGUUGAUAUCAUUGGUUCUAUGGCCAUAGCUGGCGUCUCGCUCAACGCCGUCUCUCUCGUCAACCUGGUCAUUUGUGUAGGCAUCGGUGUUGAAUUCUGCGCCCAUAUUGCCCGGGCCUUCAUGUUCCCCUCCAGGAGCAUCAUGGACACCGUACCCACGAGAUUCCGCGGCAAGGACGCCCGUGCUUGGACUGCGUUGGUCAAUGUUGGUGGCAGCGUGUUCAGCGGCAUUACCGUGACCAAACUUCUUGGAGUUUGCGUUCUCGCCUUCACCAGGAGCAAGAUCUUCGAGAUCUACUAUUUCAGGGUGUGGUUAGCGCUGAUCAUUUUUGCGGCAACCCAUGCGCUCAUUUUCUUGCCCGUGGCGCUCAGCUAUUUUGGGGGUGAGGGCUAUGCUGACCUCGAAGCCAGCGGGGGACUGGAGGAAAACCUUGCAUCUAGAGGCUACCGCUCCCUGUUGGUUGACGAUGAUUAUGAGUCCGACGAAUACUAG